AUGACGGACGUUCGAGAGAGGCAGCAGUUGUUGUUGCGGAGCGUAGGCCGAGUUCUCGACAACUUUAAGAAAAUCGGCAAGAACAAUUAUACACCGGCCAAAGUGAGGUCGCGUAUCAACGCCCUCAAGGAACUCUGGAGCCAGUGCAUUCAUUGUAAUGCAGCGUUCAUCAAGGCGUUUCCCAACGAGGAGACGGAAGCGGAGCGGGUUUUGGCCCUUCACGAGGACAUCUUCCAGACAGCGCUUGACUACAUGGCCGAGGUUUUGGAAGAAGUGGAGCCACCCGUGAGUCCGAAUCAAUCGUUCGCGUCCGUAGCUACGCGUUCCGACUCGUCUUCGCUAUCGUUGCAGCAUUUACCUCAGAUUCCAUUGCCGCCGUUUGCCGGUAAGAUCGAGGAGUGGGAGACUUUUCGCGAUAGAUUUCAUUCGUUAAUUAUUCAAAAUAAAGAGCUGUCAAAUUUCAGUCGCAUGCACUUCUUAGCGUCAAGUUUAACCGGAUGUGCUCGCGAAGUCAUUUCGGACAUUUCAAUCACAGCCGAGAAUUUUGAUGUUGCCUGGAAGGCACUAGGUGCGCGUUACGAGAACAAACGUCGAUUAAUCGAGACUCACGUAGCAACGUUUUAUAAUCUUCCGGCGAUGUCGCGUGAAUCGGCGUCCGAAUUGCACGCUCUUCGAGAUAAGGUCGACAAAGCGCUCGCGGCGUUACAACGUCUCGAUCGAUCAUCCGAAGACAUCUUGAACGACAUCCUCGUUUACUCACUGUCACAAAAACUCGACCCGGCUACGCGACGCGCGUGGAAGUUGAGAUUAGGCAGCGACUCUCUCCCUCCUUCGUAUCAAGGCCUUGUUAAAUUUCUAUCAUCGCGUGCUCACGCUCUCGAAGAGCUCAAACCGAUCGCGACAUCCAAAUCGGCGCGUCAAACUGCGACGAGUUCUGCCGCGUCAGUCGCGUCGGAAAUAAAGUGCUCUCUUUGUAAAAAGAAUCAUCUGUUAAGUAAAUGUCCGCAAUUCGUCGGCAAAAGCUCUAGUCAACGUCGCGAUAUCGUCAAACAACAAAAGCGGUGUUUCAAUUGUUUGAGUGAGAAACAUGCAGUCAAUUCUUGCCAAAGUAAAUUAUCUUGUCGUACAUGCCAACAACGGCAUCAUACAACGUUGCACGUUGACUCGCCUUCUCCGACGAAUGCGAGCGCGACCGCGGUCGACGCGAGCGCGGCCUCGCCCUCCCCGGCUUCCGACCCGGUCGUCGUUUGCUCAUCCGUCGCAUUGACUGCGAAUCCGUCGCCGGUCUUACUCGCGACGGCUCAAAUCAUCGUAAACGCUCCGUCGGGGCGCUCGGUGCAAGUCAGGGCCCUGCUCGACCAGGGUUCUGAGGUAACGUUGGUCACUGAACGAGUUGUUCAAACUCUGCGACUUCGUCGCAUGCGGACACUCACGUCCAUUUCUGCGGUGGGCUGCGCUUCCGCCGGAACGUGUCGACACGUCGCGCAACUUAAAUUUACCUCGCGCGAUGGCUCCGGUCCGGCGUUCUCGACGCUCGCAUAUGUUUUGCCGUCUCUCACCAAAUACGUACCGCGUGGCACUCCUCUCAGCUCAGCGUGGACACAUCUCGCCGAUCUCACAUUGGCUGAUGCUGACCCCACCGGAUCGGAACAAAUCGAUGUGCUGAUCGGAGCUGAUUUGUUCUCGCAAAUUCUCAUCGACGGUGUCCGCAGGGGACCCGCCGAUCAGCCCAUCGCUCAGAAUACCCACUUAGGCUGGGUUCUUUCAGGCCCUACGGGGGGCACAGCGGUUCCUUCCUGCCAGAUUGUUGCUAAUCACUGUUCGCUCGAACAUGAUUUACGCAAGUUUUGGGAACUCGAGGAGGUCCCUCAAGUAGACCUCCCCCGAAGACAGGCAGUGCGAGGAGCACUUUCUCUCAACGCACACGCGCGACUCCGAGGGGCGGUACGCGGUGCGUCUUCCUUUUCGCAAUGGCCCUCCUAUCGAUAUAGGCGAAUCUCGGUCAAACGCGAAGGGGAUGCUCACGGGAUUAACUCGUCGUUUGUCGCGUAA